AUGGCUCAACAAGAGUACAAGCUUCUCGGUGAGCAGUUGUUUACGUAUAAAGGCCAGGUGUUUCCUGUGGCUGACGCGUAUGAAUUAAACACGGAAUAUAUCGACAGCCUGGAACACUUUGAGAUCAAGGACAGUGAUGUUUUCCUUGUCACUUUCCCCAAAUCAGGUACAGUAUGGACCCAGCGUAUCAUCACCCUGUUGUUUGAGGAUGAUUUCCCAGAGGAGGCUAACCAGACCACCUUUAUGAGGAUGCCCUGGCUGGAGGUCCUGGAGAAGGGGAAGACCUACACCGAGAGACCCUCUCCACGCCUCUUCUGCUCCCAUCUACACCAGCAACUUAUGCCCAAGGGCCUGCAGAAGAAGAGGGCCAAAGUAAUCUAUGUGACCAGGAACCCUAAAGACAUCCUGGUGUCCUACUUCCACUUCUCUAAGUUCAUGAACAAUCUGGACAGUCCAGAACACUAUGACGAGAUGCUGGACAAGUUCUUCUGUGGAUGGAUGAUUGGUGGCUGCUGGUUCGACCAUGUCAGAGGAUGGUACAACAACCAGGACAAAUACAACAUCCUGUUCCUCAGCUAUGAAGAGAUGAUCAAGGACCUGAGAUCGGUGGUAGAGCGUCUGGCUGAGUUUGUCGGGAAGAGCCUAUCUGAUGCAGCUAUAGACAGCAUAGUGGAGAAAGUCACCUUCAAUAACAUGAAGAAAGAUGACAAGGCCAACUAUGACUUCUUGCAUGAGAUCGUCAAUGACAAGAAGAAGGGGAAGUUCCUACGCAAAGGUACCAUAGGAGACUGGAAGAACUCGUUGACGGUGGCUCAGAGUGACCGCUUUGACCAGGUCUAUCAGGAGAGGAUGAAAGACCUGCCUCUCACCUUCGUCUGGGACAUCACAGAGCUUCUGAUACAGACACACAGUGGUGGCUCUAGUUUGUAUGGCUCCUAGGGCUAACUGUCCCUUGGGCUAACCGUCCCUUCAGUGCCCCCACCCCCCCCCCCCCAAAAAGCAUCAAUCAGCACUAAAUAAAUAAUUACAACAUAUAAAAAUACUAAAAUAAGACUCAUAAAUAUCAAAAAGAAGUAACAAAGACAAAUAUAAACAAAUUGUAGUAUAUAAAUAAAAUUUAAAAGAGAAUUGAAUUAUUACCCUAUUGCUAACAAAAACACACAAAUAAAACUCAAUUGCACCAAUCCUAUAUCACACAAAUACACAAAGAGAAUAACACACUUAUAGAGAAGAGAACCUGAUUAUUACACUAUUGAACUUCAAACAAGAAACACACUCAACUAAAUUGCACAACUAAUUGCAUUACUAAUUACAUUAGUACUGUA